AUGAGAAGCGAUAGAGGAACCGUUGCUUCUUGGCUCCUCCGCUGUCUCAGGGUCGUCGCGCCACCACCAUGCUGUCGCGCUCCUAUUCUCCGUGGCCCUCCACGCCCCAGCGCUGACGAGGACAGAAGGGAUCCCCGCCACUGCUUCCUCCACCCAGCAGGGAGAGCGGUGCCCGCUCUGCACUACGCUGGCACACCAUGCUGCUCAGAUCCGUCAUGGUGGAAACCCGAUACAGGUGGCCUUCCUUCAGAUCUUUUUUGGUUUCUGUCUAAUUUGUUGGCUGCUCAGAGGAUGCGAGGCUGUUAG